CCAAUAUAUCUCCAGGCCUUACACAUUGUUUCAAGGUACCAUGCAGGAAUGGGUACCGACAUCCAGCAGGCUGGAAUCGUCCCGUUAUAAUGUACAUGGCAGCUCCAGGCCUUGGGGGCGGCUUGAAACAAAGACAAGAAACCGUCGAUCUUUUCUCAAGAAACACAUCUUUCUCUAUUUUCCACCAUUCUACGAGCUAUCAUGUUGAAACUCGCCCAUUUUAUUCUCGUUCUAGCGGGAGGCACACUCUCAACCGCACUCCCAGCCAUUAACCUGUUCUCAGGAGCAGGCAAUGCAAACAGCGAUGUCUGUAAGCAGGACUUCGGCCCAUGGGAUCACAGUUGGACAACGACCUCGUGCACCGUCGACGAGGUUGUCAACACGGGUGGGAAAUACAGCGCGCGCGAGCGAUGGAUGGCAGCCAAUGCAACGCAAGCAUUUCUUGGGGCUCAGUGGUGCUGGCUUUUCUCUCGGUCUACUAACCACUUUAGUUUCUCCCAGUCGGUCAGCAACUAUCUCCAUGGCCCGGACGGUAUGAAGUGCGAGAUCCUCGAUGCCUCUGGCGGGUCUCUCUCUGGUUGUAGCGGUGAUCAUGGGUGUGAUGAGGCUGGUCACGCUGCAGGCUUUCAAAUCCUCAAUUCCAUGUCCACACUUCAUAAACUGCAUCAAAGCACUUACGACUCUUUGGGAAAAGCGAAGGAUAGUAUUAUUGCUCGGGUUGGGGUGUUCUCCAGCGUUUUUUCCCCUUCAAUAGAUGAGUUGAAAGACUUCAAGAUUUUUCUAGAUAUCAUCGGAAUGGGGUUUGUGCUUGCAGUUGCCCCAUUGUGGAACUCUGCGUUUAAAACUGUCUUGUUUGCUGGUAAACCAAACGCUCUUGGGAUAUCGAAAGAUUCUGUAAAUGGGAUGGUGUCGAACGGUAUAUCACUCGGAAAAGACACUGCUUCUCAACCUCACAGUGCUCUCGGGACGCAGAACACGUUAUCAGACAAAAUUUCCCGGAUGAUUGAUGCCUGGAUGGGGUUGGUCAAAGAUACAAAUACUGUGAUGUUCUCUGGGACCAACGACCAGGGGGGUUUGAAGCUGCUAACUGACAUAAUUGGCGAAGGGAACCUUCUUGAGGAUAGUUAUCAAGUUAUUGUUGACGCAGCAAUGGCCAUCCCGAUUAUGGAGACGGUCAUUUGGGCAUUCAUGAUACCUAUGGCUUGGGCCAUGUCAAAUAAGGACGUUCAUCCAUUUCUUAUGAUUUACGAUGACAAAAAAGAGAAGGUCCGAUGCGACAGUCCACCACCCGAAGGCUUCUUUACCAGUAACAAGAAAGUCGUUGUCUGUGUUGAUGGCAAGGCAUACUGGCUUUCUAACGCUUCUGGCAAAGCACAAUCGUGUGUCCAAGACUAUCAACAUGUACGGUUUUGCAGCAACAAUAAAUUUAGCACGCCGCCUGGGAUCGAUCAACUCGCUGCCGAUGGAAAAAACAACCCUUGGGGAGGUUUAAGUGUGGUCGACAUCGUUGUCAGCUCAGUUGCUAGCUACAAAGCCAACGGUGACAAAAACGGCUUCGAGUUGGACCCUUCGAACGGCCCUGCAGUCAGCGAUCUUGCAUCGAAUGGGAAACAAGCUGCAGGCGUCUUUACGUUGCCCAUAUGUUCUGAGAAAGAGGCAUCUUCGAAUUGGGCUCAAGCAACUUCGGAUAGGCCUAGCGUUCGUAUAGAUAAGACGGCAAGAAACUACCCUUGUAAUCAAUAGGGUGCUGGCGAGGUUGGACAUGCAGAAGUAAAAGGAGGGGAGGAGAGAGGGGACAGAAGCGGCUGUUAUGGUGUCG